GGCGACUGGUCGGCUGCUGUCGAGCUAGGGUCACAUUAUUAGAUUCAACGCCUCGCAGAACACUCACGAAGACGCACUGACUGCGAGACCAGCGAUACAUCUUCAAUACAAGCCCUUGGACGCGUAUCCUCAUACAUUCAAGGUGUCUCAGUGCUGCUCGACUAUCGAUUUAAAGAGCACGAGGACCGCUCGAGGGACGGACGGUGCGUACCGCGUCGGUGGGGAAACACGUCACAUUCCGCGGUCACGUGAUGCGUUUCUCUAUACCCUCGCAGUCGAAGUUGAUUUCUAGCCUAUCAGUUUUGUCCAGUUUGCUAUCAUCGUCUCGUUUCCUAGCGUUGUUCCUUCAUUUGCAUGGCAAAUUUGACGUUCUAUGAACCAACGGGACAGACUCACCAGAAUAAUGCAAACCUUCGAGAAUGCUAUUUCUCGAGCGGGUACCGCGCACAGCCCAUCUGUGGACACUAUCUUUAUAACCACCGUAGAUGCUCUCGCACGGCGUCCCUCAUCGUUUGUUUCCAUCAGGAAGCGUGCCACGGCGAGGAGGCUCAAAUCUCGACACUGAAUACAAUUGCUCGGGAAUGCAUGGCUAGAAAUCCUGAGCCUUCUGGUCCGAGCAUUUGGAUGAAUCAAGAGUGCACUUGCUUCGCAGUCGUAUUGGCAGCAGGACAUCUUGCACUGUGUUUACUUUGGAGACUGGCUCCGCAUACAUCAUGGUCCAUCAUCAUGCUUGCAAGCUUUUCCGAGAAAAUCCAAAGUUCUGCAGACGACACCGCAAUAGUCCGUCAAUCCUUCAUACACGCGCGCCCAUCAAGAUCAUCAUUCGCAUACUGUAUCCCCUUACCAUUGGGAGAUCUUGCGCCACAGUGCAGUAUGCAAACGUCUUCGUGGGAGCUUGUCCGGGACGUAUAUGCGACAGGAAUGCCCUGGAUGUGGCGAACCGAUCAUACAUGUUCUCGGCAACAUGGCUGCCGCCGCGUACGCAAGUCAUGCAAAGGAUCGAGAGACCAGAAUAGGCCUGUCGGCGCGAGACUUUGCCCUAGAUCGGUCGUAAAAGUGGGCUGCAUUCUCCUCUGCGCCCAAUGUAUGAGCAGUCCCGAUCGCCUCUGAGCAAGAUCAUUCUGAUUGUGAAGGCCGGCAGCGCGAACGGGCAGGCGCUAAUUACAAAGAGCGUUGCGAAAGCUG